GCUCACUCCUGUUGACGCGGGAAGGGAGACACAGAGACCGCUGGGUUAUACAUUUCAAUUGGUGGUUAUUUGUGGGUUGUAUGUGUAGUUUUGAUUUGUGAUUCAUUCUCGUUUUAUUCAAGAUGUGUUUUGUUUAGAUCUGACUAUUUAGGAGGAAAAUAUUUGUUGUGUGAGGAAUGAGUUAAUAAGACAAGAGAGAAUGGAAUGAUGAUUUUUUAAAUCAAAAUACGAUAACCCAGCGAUAAUUUUCUAAUACGGAAGAAGGAAAAAGAAAAACGAAAAACAAAAAGCAGUGAGUGAGAGAGAAAACAGCAUAAAAUAACCACGAGAUUCUCAUUGUACGAAUAUGAGUGAAAUAAACACCAAAAUCAAAAGGAAAAUUAUGUUUUUCGUUCUCUUCGCCUUUGCGUUCGGAGCGACGCCAGUCUACACACAGGCUGACUGCAGCUUCAACGCCACGGGGUCCUUGGCGUCCGAAUGCAGCCUGCUGGAGGACUCCGACGCCUUCGCUGUGGCCUCGUGGAAAGUAGGAACGGGCUCGGAGUCCUACUGGAUCGGGGGGCCUCCUGUCGACAACGGGAAUGACCCGGCAGGCGGCUACGGCUUCACGACCGCCCACGACAUGCUCAGCACCGCCCAGCCGCACAAGAAGGCGUGGCUGGUGACGCAGCCGAGCGCCCGGACGGGGCCGCAGGGGAAGUGCCUCGAGUUCGCUUACGCCACCUACGGCUUAGGCAUCGAGGAAUUCCAAGUCAUCCUACUCACCUAUCUGACGGAGGAUGUGAACGACGCCCUCCAGAACGCUUCGAUCCCGGUCACCUUCAGGAGAACGAACCUCAUGAAGCACAAGGGUUCGACUCAAGGCCAGUGGGAGCAAGCGAGGGUCACGUUCUCGGCCAAAGGAGACUUCAGUGUGGCGUUCGAAGCCGUACCGAACCCGCGGUAUGCGAGGUACACCGGAUACGUCGCCGUGGAUGAUAUUACCUUCAAGGACGGACCGUGCGAGAACGAAUGCAUUUUUGAUCUCAACUUCUGUGAGCUGACCAAUGAGCCGAAUAAUGAUGACUUCGACUGGUCUUUGGGCCGUGGGUCAGGGAAGACCAACACGGGACCGACGAGAGACCAGUCGUUUUAUAUCACCAACUCCGUUACUAGUGGUGGUUACGCCUUCAUAGACAGCAGGUACCCGAGGACAGGUGGUGAAAAAGCACAGUUGGUUUCGCCCGCCCUCGAUGCUACAGACUCCCCAAUGUGUUUGAAAUUCUGGGUGAACAUGUACGGAACAGGCAUUGGAACCCUGAGGGUCUUGUACGUUCCAACAACGAACGCAGACAACAUCCGGGAACUUUGGAAGCAAGAAGGUUCAUCACUAGGUCCGGACUAUUGGUACCCCUGCCAGGUGACGGUGUCCUCGGCGGAAAAUUUCAACUUGAUUUUCGAAGCUUCGGUCGGAUCCCAGGGCGCGGGGGACAUCGCCCUCGACACCGUCACGUACAGGCCCGGCCCCUGUCCUCGUCAGCCUUCGUUGUCCUCACGCUCUUGGGGAGACUGCAACUUCAUGGACAAUACGUGCGGAUGGCAAAUUCCUUAUUUCCCAGAUGAAGUUUGCUCGAUGCUGGCCCGUGUUUCAGAGAGCACUGAAAAUCCCCCUGGCCAUACCGAGAGCGACUUCGACAACAGAGAUUCAUACAUCCAAUUCGACUUAAAUUGUUACCAACAACAACCGCGCCAUUCUGUGUCCCUUACCUUCGAAGACGCCAAUAUUGCGAGCGAAAUGUGUCUGUCGUUUUGGGUUUUCAUGUAUGCAAGAGUCCAGUCCGUGAGCAAGAUCGGAUCACUUAGUGUGGUGUUAAUUACCGCCAGUGGCAAUGAGACACUGUGGAGGCUGGAAAACGAACAGCAUGCUAACUGGAUGUAUGCACAGGUGACCAUCCCUGCAGUGGGCGUGGGCACUGUGGCAUUCCAGGGCACCAAGGCAUCUUCCCUGAUUGGCAUGAUUGGCAUAGAUGACAUCACCGUCUUCAACUCUGCUUGUGAGGUGUUGCCAGAACAGGCGCGCGUGGAGGCUGCCGACUGCUCCUUCGACCAAGACCUCUGCGGCUGGACUGCACAGAACGAGAACCCGUCAACUAGGCCCUCUGAGAUUUGGCGUUUGGCGACGAGGGACGCGGGGUCCGUCGGUAGUCUAAUUGACCAUACGUUUGGUGCCGACGGAGGCGGUUACGUGUAUCUUGACGUCUUCAACACCGACGUCGUGAGCUGGCUGAGGAGUCCCAAUAAUCUGGAGAGAAACGCGACGUAUUGUCUCACCUUUUACUUCGCCGCUCUGUUCCCCGAUGCUAGGGAUGAGCUCACCGUUGUGAAAGACCUGGUGAGCACACAGGAGCGGGUGUGGCAGGUAGGAGGCGAUUCCGUGAGGUUCGAGGACAACAUGUGGUACAAAGGACAGGUGGAGCUGGAGGCGGUCGAGGACGGCUUCACGUUGUACUUCGAGGGCAGAGUAAGUCGGGGAGGCUGGGCGCUCGAUGAUGUGAGGCUCAGCAAGACGAGAGCUUCCUGCAGGAUGGCACCGGAUUUCGCAGACCAGACGCCAUGAAUUGGGAAUCGUUGACCUCAGCGUGACGUUUCUGUGACCUCUCUGUGACCAGUUGUUUCUGACGAGGGUGGCCCUUUAGCCCUUGUGGGUUAUGAUGUUAUGAAUACCAUAUAUAUAUAUAUUUUCUUGUAGGUUAAAUUAAAAAAAAAAAAAUAUUAUCAUAUUUGUUUGGCAAGUGGAUAGACCUUAUAGUAAAAGAUGCAGUACCGGAAUAUCUAUUUGUUUGUUUUUUCUUGUUUUCAUGUAAUUUUCUUAUUUUAUCCUUCAUUGUAAUUCCUCUAUAUUACAAAUUAUACCAUUAUAGACAUAUUUGCAUAUAUAUAACCGACAUAGUAAUGUAUUCCUUUAACUGGUUAUUUGUUGAAUUAUUAAUCUAUUGUUUAAGAAAAAAUGUGAUACAGUGUGAUCUCCUUAUUAAGUGCAGUUGAUUUAGUGGGUUUGAUGUAAAAGAGAAAUGAGAAAAUUUUAAUUGAUACAGAGGCUAUGAGCCAAUGCUUUUAAUUAAAUGGCCCUUGAUUUUGCUAAAAGAUAUAUUAAUAUUUAACCAAAGAUAUUUAUAAGUAGGGUAUUGAAAACAGAUCCGAUAACUACAACACAAUUGCUGUUAUUUCUUUAUACAGCUGAUUGCUGGUAAAAAAAAUAAAAUAAAAAAAUAAAAAAGUGGCUUGAGGAAUUUCGAGUUGAUUAAAGCAUGUUAAUGGAGGCUACAAAUGCACUGGCGACUAUUGCUGCAAUAAAAUCAUGUGCGUCUUCU